UUCGUCGCCUCUGAUAAGAUACCUGAAGUAUGUAGAAAUUUGUUUUCCGUGUUUUUUACUUGCCUGGCUGCAGAGAGUUUGUUGUUAUUUGAAAUAGGCCACAGGUAGCCCAAUGGAAACGCAGCCAAAGAGGCCUGAAAUCAGGGAAAACUACACAUGGACUUGUUCUGAAACUCAGUAACUAUAUAUUAUUUUUCCUUAGCGUAACGAUCGAGAAAAUAGAAAACGAAAUCAGGAAGAAAAAGCUGCGCAAAUUGAGGCAUGAGCGAAACAAGAAACGUGCGGCCAACCGCCCCAAGUAGCAAGAAAUCCUUGCGGGGCGACACGAGAAGCUCAUGAAAGUCAUUGAAAAAGGCAUCCGGGUCAACGGGCUCGAGGCGCAGCGCGCCAAACUGGCGGAGAGACUAGACAAGAUGUGGUCUCUCGUCUACGAGAUCGACCCGACGGAGCGUGACUGGAAAGAGAGCUUACGGCGCACGCGCUCUGAGAGUGAUAUCAACAAGGCCGUGCCCAGUUUCCCUCUUGUGCAGCCGAGCAACGAGCCAGCGAUAUGGCUGACAGCGGACACCGGGGCACAAGAGAUGGAGCUGGACACGAACAUCGUGAGCUCACCGAGCUUCGGGCGACUGAUAAGACUUAACCUUAUAAAUAUGUGAAUAACACGUGGGCUAUCACGUGAUAAACUAGAUGAACAUGUCAUAAACACGUGACAAUGCAGUGUCAUGUGACAUAACAUGACAUAUGAUAUUAUGUCAUGUCAUAUUGAAUAGAAUAAAGACGUUUUAUAUUGCU